AUUUUUACUCAUUUUAAGUAGAGCACCACAAUAUUUAUGGAAAAUUGUUCAUCAUACUUUGGCUAAUGGUUCUGAGGUUAUUGAACCAGGUUUAUAUGUGUGAAUCAUGGAUUCAUGCGAGACCAAAACCUAGCUGGGAGAUGAGGAUCAGCUCCGCGGGUCAUACCUGGCCAGAAGAUGAAAACGUGGAUAUUAGACAAGCCCCAUCACGGAUCACUUGUUUUUUUUAUGUUUUUUACAAUGAUUAGAGGUUAGGAAAGUUAGAAUUAUUAAUAAGAGGUAUUGAAGUUGGAUAAUGGUACAAUCCACUGGCUGUCUUUUGGACAGUAAUGGCUACAAUCACAGCAGGAAAAUGUGUGAAGGAUAAAAUGCGUGAAGGGAUGAGAAUUGAACCGCACGUCCAAAUAAAAUGCCUUUUAACAAUGGUUAUGGUCGCUUGGGCCACACGGCUUCUUAUCACGGAUCACUUGUUGGUUGCGUGUGAUUAAUCAAAACUACAGUGCCUUCUGAGCGGGUAGGACACAUACACAUGAGGCAACUGACAACAUAAAUGCCUCAGAAGUACUUUUUAUUUGUUACUUUUUAUUUCAUGGGUUUUUUUUAUUAUUAUUGAGGAUUAAAGCUAGUCCCUCUACUUUUAAUUUUUGUUUAUUGUCCUUCUUAUACUUGCAAAUCGUUCAUAGGUCUUGCUCUACUCUUCCAAACAUAUUAUUGCCGCAGUGCCUUCUGAGCAGGUAGGACACAUACACAUGAGGCAACUGACAACAUUAAUGCCUCAGAAGUACUUUUUAUUUGUUACUUUUUAUUUCAUGGGUUUUUUUUAUUAUUAUUGAGGAUUAAAGCUAGUCCCUCUACUUUUAAUUUUUGUUUAUUGUCCUUCUUAUACUUGCAAAUCGUUCAAAGGU